GUCAGCGACGGUCCUCUUCCUCCUUUCUCUCUGUAUCGUUCCUUACACCUAGACAACUAGCAAGAAUGUCAUCCUAUCCUGUUCCACCUCCCUCCUACCAAGCUCCACCGAGCCCAUCCAAGAACUACGGUGCGGCAGACGAGACCCAGCAGGCUCUUCUGGGAGAGGGUGUCGCCACCACCUCCACCGCAGCGAGGAACGCGAUCUUUGACCAGCCUGCUGCUGAUGACUUGCCCGAUGAUUUCAAGUAUGGAACAACCGUGAGCGAGAGCGCUGUCGAGAUCCAGCAAGCGUUUGUUCGCAAGGUGUACUCUAUCCUGUUUGUUCAGAUUCUUGGUACUGUUAUCGUCGCCGCUGGUAUGCGCACGGAAGAUGCCAUGUUCUUCGUCAAGCAGCACCCAAGCGUCGUGAUCGUCCCACUCUUCGGUACCCUCAUCAACCUCGGCGUGCUCUUCUGGAAGCGUCAUAGCCAUCCCCUCAACCUUGUUCUGCUCGCUACCUUCACCCUUAUGGAGAGUGUCGCGAUCGGUGCUGCGGUUGCGUACUACGACCAGGUUGUCGUUAUGCAGGCGCUGUUAAUCACUCUGGGCGUCUUCCUCGGCUUGACGUUGUUUACUCUGCAGUCCAAGUACAACUUCGACAGUAUGGGUCCUUUCCUCUUUGCAGGUCUGCUCGUCCUCGUCUUCUCCGGUCUCGUCCACAUAUUCCUUCCCUUCUCCCGUGGCGUCGACCUCGCCUACGGCAUCGGCGGUGCCCUUCUCUUCAGCGGAUACAUCGUCUACGACACCCACCUGAUCAACCGCCGUCUCAGCCCUGAUGAGUACAUCUGGGGUGCCAUCGCGCUCUACCUGGACUUCAUCAAUCUCUUCCUAUCUAUCCUUAGGAUCCUGAACAACGCUAACCAUGAUUGAGGGGCGAGUUAGCUGGACGAUCCGAAAAGGCGCUUGGUUGAUCAAUUACUCAUCUUCUCUCACCUCUAUUCCGUUCCACUGUAAAGUUGUAAACUUAGCAGAUUAACCAUGAUUUUGUGUUCU